UUAGAAUAUGUAAAAUGAUUUUACGAUGGAUCUAACAUCUGAAUCAUCACCAGUGACAAAAUCAACCGUUGGUGAUGUGUUGAUGAACCCAGGCACACCACGUGAUCCGCAUUAUGAUAUAUUGCCCAUAUUACUGGUCUGUUUAGGCUUGCUAUUUGUCAGUGGAAUCACUGCUUCCCUAUACUGUCGUUAUAGGAAAGUAAAAUCAGAACUCAACAGACAGUUUCCAGGCAAUGCUGAGCAUUCAGCAUAUGGGGAAUCACAUUCAUCCGAAUCUCUAGGGAACAGAACUCAAAGAAUGCAGAUGGAUAACUACUUCAUACUAGAGAAGGAGGAGGGAUUAAUCGGAAGUUUUUCCCGGAAGUGUACGCAACAAAUACAUGCUCCAAAGAAACCUCAUAAUUACUUCACUGUGGAAUAUAAUUAUACUCUAAACACCUUUGAAACGGUUGAGGAGACUCCUAAAACGGAAAGUUGGAAUGGCCAAUUCACAAAUAACAGACAGUCACAAGAUAGUGUUUAUAAUAUUCUUCAUAUAAACGAUUCUUCUUCAAAUGACGCAACAAAUACCUACAGCCAUACCAGUGAAUUAGAUGGAGUGUACUCUCAUCUGAGUAGAUGAGUGAUUUUUUGGAGAAUAUAACAAUAUAACAUUGACACCAGGGUUAUACCUGAUGAGAAUAUUUGAAGUCAGAUGGUGUAACUAAUACUCAUUUUGAGUAUUUGAAGGACUUGGUGGGCAGGCGCGUAGCUACCUAUACGCAAGUACGCAAGUGCGUACACAUCA